CCCAUUACCGAAAAGAAACCACAUAUCACAUACCCUUCCUCUCAAACAAACAAAAAAUAAAAAAAAUCACAUACCCUUGUUCGGCCGGCGAAUCGCCGAUCCAGGAUGGCGGCCAACUUCUGGGCGUCGUCGCACAGCAAGCAGCUGCUGGACCCGGAGGAGAUGGACGAGGUGCCGGCGGCGGACCGGGCGCGGGGCAUAACCCCGAUGGAGUUCCGCCUCGUCAAGAUCCACAUGUCUUUCCUAAAUCAUCAAUCAUUUCAUGAUUCAGAUAUAUGGCGGUUGGCUCAGCAGGUGAAAGUCAGACAAAGAGUCAUAGCUACUGCAAUCACAUACUUUCGGCGUGUCUACACAAGAAAGAGCAUGACUGAGUAUGAUCCUCGUUUGGUAGCACCUGCUUGUUUGUAUUUGGCAUCAAAGGUGGAAGAGAGCACAGUGCAAGCAAGGCUUCUUGUAUUUUACAUCAAAAAAAUGUGUGGUUCUGAUGACAAGUACCGAUUUGAGAUCAAAGAUAUCCUUGAAAUGGAAAUGAAGCUCCUGGAAGCACUUGACUAUUAUUUGGUUGUUUACCAUCCCUACCGUCCUCUCUUACAGUUAUUGCAGGAUGCUGGCAUUACAGAUCUGACACAAUUUGCCUGGGGCCUUGUCAAUGAUACUUACAAGAUGGAUCUUAUUCUCAUAUAUCCUCCUUAUAUGAUUGCAUUGGCCUGCAUAUACAUUGCAAGUGUUCUUAAAGAUAAGGACACAACUUCAUGGUUUGAAGAACUCCGUGUUGACAUGAACAUUGUUAAGAGUAUUUCAAUGGUAAUCUUGGACUUCUAUGACACCUAUAAGAUCGAUCCUCAAAGGGGCCUCCCGGAGGACAAGAUCAUCCCUGUGAUGAACAAGUUGCCAUCAAAGGUGUAAAGGCGGAUCUGGCACCAAUUUCAGUCUGAUAUUUCAACCAUAUUUUGCAUUUUUGACUGGAGUAUAUGUAUGCCGCAUAAUCUUGGAUAAAAUCAAAACCAAGAUAUGGCGAAUGACCCGAUGGACUUGGGAGGAUAGCAUCUACUUGGUAGAACCUAAGUUGUUUUCAGGAUGAUGAUCCAAUAUGAAAGAGUUUGGUUGAUGUGAUUGUAACAGGCUACACGGCAUUUAUAUUUUCUGCUCGUAUGUGGAGUAUCAAGUGAAAACCAUGAUUUGGUACAAAUCUAAAUAUCUCCAACCACAGACGUUGGAUCCCAGACGAACAGUCUGGAUGAGAAUUGUCUUA